UGGUGCAGCAAUAUCUGACACUUCAGAUUUUUGUGCCAUUGGGAAAAGACUUCGCCACUGAGUUACUGAUAACUGAUUUUGACAAUAUUAAAAGAAGAUUGUAUUUGUCAACAGUGCACAAGGAGUUGUCUGUAACCCCUCUGCAUGCCAAAAUUCCUCUGUUUAUGAUCAAGCGCAAAAUAUGGUGCAAUAUGUGUAUUGACUUGGUAACGUUUACCUAUGAAAUAUUCAGAGGAGCUCUCUUCCAGUCCUUGGAUGGAAUUACUAUUUCAGCCAACUGUAAGCUAAGAAAGGUCUUCACUUUAAAAUUCAAGCCUCCAGUUACAGCUGAGGAAGAUGGUACAUCCAUUGUUACACCUGGGCCAUACGAGGUCUCAGAUGAUAUUCCUCCAACCUGCCAGCUCAAUUCUGAUGUCCCACAAGUUACACAACUGCUGAAUUUAAAUGAAAUUCACAAGCCAAAAACAAAAUGCAGGGAAAAGGCAGUGCAAGAAACAGGCAUUCUGGCUAAUAGAGGCCAAGGCAACACAUGCAAUGGUAAAACUCAGGAUGUAUCACAUAUUGCAUUUGGGUCAAAGAUCCUUGGGCCACCUCCAUCUUCAAACAAAAGAACCAAUGCAAAGGUACCUGGAAAGGUAACAAAGACCUUGGGUAGCAAAACAUCGUGCCAACUUCAAAAUUCAGGAACACCAACUGAAACCAUACCAGAAAAUGAGAGGUUGGAGUCACCACUGUGGCCAUGCAAUGAUACUUUAGAUCAAGGAGGCAAAAGAGGUACUCUCCAAACACCUGCAAAUGAAUAUCAAAAUGACCCUGAAAUUCCGACUCUGACAACACCUGUAAGUGGAGAAGCAGAUUUUCAGCUCACGUCUCCACAAGUACCAUCACCAGACAAGGACAGUCAUAUAAGAUUAUCUCCAAAAAAUGCAGCCAAAGCCACAUGGGAGAUAACCAAUGAUACAUGGGUGUUUCCAGAGAGGUUCACUGAGAGCAUUCAGUUGGAUAGCAAGGAGCACUUUGAAGCUACUGCAAGUUCAGCCUGCUGUGAUUUACCCUCAGCCCAGAAUGCCUCUGUUGAGCUUCCCAACAGGGAAACAGCUGAUCACCAAAGGAGUAAGAAAGAGGUUUUCACAUUUUCAUCCAAACCUCGAUCAGCCCCUUAUGGAACAUCUCCCAACAUAUCCCCAGAAAGUUCCAUUUCCCCACUGGAGUUGGAGCCCGACAGUAACGGAGAACAGGAGCAAACCAAAACUGAAGAUAGCUUUGAAGGAGCUGACAGCAGUGAGGAGGAUGACAACAGUGAACUCAUCCAGAGUGCUGAGAACAUUGAGAACAGCCACAGCAGACAAGGGACACCUGAUUCAGCAGUUUUUAAAGAGAUCCCAUUAAAUAAGAUGUCACAGGGAAAUGAAUACUGGAAGAAUAAGGAACACAGCAAAUUUAACUUCGAAGAGGCCGUCUUAUCAAAACCACAGAGUUCCACCAUGACAAAAACAGAAUCUAUUAGCUUUCAGAGAAGUUUAAAGCCUAUCCUUUCUCUUUCUCCAAUUCAAAGUAAAUCCAAAUCUUUUAGAGUAAUUAGAAAUGUAUCUGAAGAAACUGAAAGAUAUGAAGGAGUUUCAGAUCAAUUCAAAAGAUCUGUCAGUAAAACAUCUCUCAAGAAAGUUUCCAACGGAAAUUCAUGUCUGACAGCACAGACUUUUGAGUAUGACAGGAAAAAGUACCAGUCAAAUAGACUGAGUUCAUCUGAACUACAGAUGCUGGCCAGCACGAAGAGACAACAAAAUGAAGAAUUAUGGGAUGCUGGGAUUUCCCAUGGGCUGGGUGCCACACUGAUCGAUUGCUGCAAUGUCACCCUAAGUAUGAGCAGUGAUGAUGAUACAGCAACCUGGAACUCUGGUUUCUCACCACCUGUCAGUCAGCAGCAUCACUAUCAGAAAGAAAUGAGCCCACUUUCCCAUUCCAGCCCACGGGACUCGUUAAAUGUGUUCAGUCCCCCUGUCAUUCCUGGAAGCCAACAACUAGAAGAGAACACUAAAUCUUCAACAAAACAGAGACCUCCAGAUUCUCAAAAAACCCCGCUGUACUUUAUAAAGAGAUCAUUUCUCCAAGAAACAGGAGAGAACAACAAAGCCAUUCCAUGACCUUCCCUCCCCAAACAGGACAGUUUGGAUUUUUUCUGAGCUACUGGACACCCCUCUCUAUGAAAGCAGCAGAGAAGCUGCAGUGCUGUGUGAUAAAGGCCUGUCAGAUUGGAUCAUCCCCAUCAAACAUCAGAAUCUGGGUAUUUUCCUAGGUACCAAAAAAACCCAAUGGACCAUGGUAACUAGAUAGUUUGGAGUAUCAUUUUUGAAAGAGGUGCUAGAUAAAUUGUGUCCUGUGAUAUAUCUUGAGCACCUUGGGAAAAACUUUUUUUCCUUAUUCAUUUCAGUUGAGGUCAGUAAUUUGUGUGGUUCAUUACUGACAGUUAUAUAUCAGAUCUGAACAGCAAACUGAAUGCUCAAAUCCAUUCCAGGAAAUUCUGCUGCUCUGCUCAGCCUCACCUUUUUUUUGAUUUUUUUAAUACCACAUUAGAUAAUUACUUAAUUCUCAUGUUGGGAAGUGUCCCAAGUUUAUUUACUCUGUGCAGUUUUCCAGUGUUCCAAGUGUCACAAGAUAACAAAACCAUAUAAAGAGCCCUGAAAAUCUGCAAUGAGUCAUACUCUAUUCCAGAUAGGAAUUUUAUCUAAAAAUAUCCUUAAGUAAAAAUAGUAUAGCAUUAGUAAAUUAAUAAAGAUUGGUCAAUUUUUAUAUUUUAAAGAAAUCUUUAAGUUGAGGCUUAACUUUGGGGGAAAAAGUGAUUCCUUUCUAAGAAAGGAUUUCACUCUGUAGUUCCUUUCUUAACAUUUGCACCAUCCAUUAGUUAAAUGGUGAGAUGCAAUGAGUAGUCUUCUAUUCAACAGGUUUCCCGAUACAAUAAGAGGAAAAAAUUAGACUCCUAAGUAUGAUAAAUUUCCACAGAUUUUUCCAUUAUUGGGCACUGAUGU